AUGCAUGGCAUCGUCGUGUUUCGGAAUGAAGAAAGUGUUGAUACUGUGAUGUCACAACGUGUUCAUCGAAUCGAUGAUGCUGAAACUUUAUCAGAAAUAUUUGAUUGGGAUAUUUAUGACAUUAUUAUGGACCCUUUCGCCAGUGAUCCAAUUUCAUCAACACAAUGUUGGCUGAAAAACGCCAAUCAUGAAAGAGAAGUGGACGAUUUCGUUCAACGUUGGAACGGAGAAUCCAUUGAAGAAUCAAUCAUUCAAUGUGAGAAAGAAGAAGAUGCAUUGGAAUUAUGUAAUAAAUUUCGAAUUGGUCGAUGUCAAAAAAGUAGAGACGAAUGUCAUUGGGACCAUAUACUAUGUACAGCAGAGGGUACUUGUGCAUCGACUUGUCCUUACGGUCAUAAAUUGGGAAUGAAAUCAGAACACGAUUCUCCAAGUAACUUGAAUCUACAAGUACCGCUGGAAGAACAAUUAAAAAUGUAUUUGAUGGAUACCUUUGAUCGUGCUUUUGGCUGUCCGCAUCAUCAUCCAUGGACGAUCAAUGAUCUCGAAUGUCGAUUGGAGUCGAUUCUUCAACUGUUGAUACCGAUCGAACCUAAACUGAAUACAAUUGAUACUAUUUUUCAAGAACUGAUAUCGAUCUCCGAUUCAUUAACAACUACACCUAUUGCAGCCGAUAACGCUCAGCAAGAUGCCUUUGAAAAAGCAUCAAAAGCAUUCUGUCAGGCGAAGAAAUAUUUUUUGGAAAAUGGACAAAAUCAAUAUGAAUGGUCCGAUGGAUGUUGUACAUGGGUUCAUAGUCCGCACAGUUCAAUCAAUGAAUGUCGCAAUGAUGAUGUGCUCACUUAUCAUUCACUUCGUGGACGAACUACCUCCUUCUAUUCAGUAAUCAUCACAUGUUGGGCGAGUUGUAGCGAAGAAGGACAUGUGAUGACAUUGUCCAUUAGUAGUAAUAUCAAUGGUAUAUCGGAUAUUAGUUCCACAGUUCCGACACCAUCUCUUGCAAAUAAUAGUUCUCCAAAAGACUAUUUUCAAGCAACAUCGGUUCCAGAAGAUAUCAGUAAAUCUUGUCAUGAUCUACCUGUUCAACCAAAACUAGCGACAUAUCCAAUUAAUCAUCAAAACCGAUCAUUUCAAUCAAGUUGGUAUAAAGAAAGACCGUGGCUGGAGUAUUCUGUCAAAGCGGAUAGCUGUUAUUGCAAUUAUUGUCGUCACUUUUCUUCUAAUAAAUUAAAUGUCGGUGAUGCUUUUAUUUCAACAGGUUUUAAUAACUGGAAAAGAUCGUUGGAUAAUAAUGGUGCUUUGAUAAAGCAUGUAUCAAGUCAAUCACAUAUAAUUGCAACAAAAAACUAUGAAUCCUAUAGACAACGACGAGGAACCAACUCGAGUGUUAUUGAUCAAUUAGAUACUAGUCGACUUAUUCAUAUUCGGAGAAAUCGUGAUCGUCUUUUAAAAAUAUGUUCAACAUUAAACUUUUUAUCACGUCAAAUGAUAAGUUUUAGAGGUCAUUGA